AUCACAGAAGCCAUGAAUAUUUUCAAAAAAGCUCUCAAGGAUUUCCCUGAAUCUGGCGAUGUUAACAACUACUACGGAGAGUUGCUACUGGAUCAACAGCAGUUUGAUCAGGCAUAUGAGCGCUUUGACAAGGCGAUCAAAUUGAAGCCUUCAAACCCUCUUCCAUACAUCAAUAAGGCUCUCCUUGUAUUCCAAUGGAAGCAAGAUCCAGCUGGUGCAGAGCGUCUGUGUCUUCAGUCGCUGGAAGGUAGGUUAUUCUCAUAGCUGAUCUUGAAUGAUUGGGCUCGUUUCUUAAAUCCACUUCUUAUGAGAGUAUCUGAUCAACGAGUUUUUUUCUCUUCAUAUGUCAUCAUAGCUGAUCCUGAGUGUGAUGUUGCAAUCGCCACACUUGGACAGCUCUUUUUGCAACAAGGAAAGAUUGAGCGAGCUAUUGAGUUUUUCAAUAAGUCGAUU